CUCGUUGCGAGCUGGACGUACUAGUGAUAGCAGUGCUUCAGAGAUUGUAAGGUGACAUAAGUGACUUGACUAGCAAGGAAAAUUCUCAUUGUUGACUGAUCUGGGAAAUGUUCGUCUCUGGAGCAUUGCCCUGGGAUGUGCCCACGCCCGCAUUACCCCCCCUGGGCGGCCUGUUGAGUAUGCUCGAUGGGAAGGAGGGCGUGCGGGCAUCCCUUCUGCUGCCGCCGCCCGUGCCCAGGACCGCCGCCUGCGUCGUGCUGCCGCAGCCCACCCUCAGCCCUCGCCAUGUCGCGCCCUUCACCAAGGCCUCCGCGUCGCCGCCCGCGCCCACGCCGCUCAAGUUCGGCGUUGACAGACUGCUGGCCGCCGAGCCCCGCAGAGACGUAUCGGCACUCUUGCCGCCCUCGCCAGCCCACCUUCUGGCCCCUCACGUGACCUCGCCGGUGACCUGCCCUGCCAUGACGUCGUCCGUGCUGGGCGCCACCACCUGUCCGGUCAUCACCACUGCCCCGAAUGCCCCGGGAGAGACAUGCCCGAGCUUGGCUUCGUCCUCCUCUGCCAUCACCUGCCCUAUCAUGACGUCAUGCGUGACCUCGCCCACGGGGUGCGGGUGUGAUACGUCAGGAGGAAAGUGCCCUUCCGACUGCGGCUACUACUACACGCCUCUGUACGCGACGCAUCCCUCGCACCUCCUGCCCUACGCUCCGUUGUAUGGCGGCAGCUUAGGCGGGCCAGCUCAUCGUCACGAGGUGCUCGGCGUGGGCGUGACAGGCGGAGGUCACGGGCGGCGGAAACGCACGUGGACGCGGGCGGUGUUUAGCAACCUGCAGAGAAAGGGGCUUGAGAAAAGGUUUCAGCUGCAGAAGUACAUCACGAAGCCCGACCGCCGUCAGCUGGCCGCCACUCUUGGCCUCACCGACGCGCAGGUCAAGGUCUGGUUCCAAAACAGAAGGAUGAAGUGGCGCCACGCGGAGCUCAAGAAGCGGGAACAGCAGCAGCAGCAGCAGCAGCAGCCGCCGCACACCCCGUUGCAGCAGACGACGCAGCAGCAGGAGGCCGACGAAAAAGAAAUGUUGGAGAGCUCACACGAAACUGAGGGCGAAGACCUUGGCGAGAUGGAGUGCCUCGUCGAAGGAGGUGACGACGAGGAAGAGGAGGAGGAGGAGGCGAGCGAGGAGGAGAUAGACGUGAGGGGGGUCGGCGAGGCCGCCGAGCUCACGCCGGAGAUAAACGUCAUGUGAGGGAGGACCCCGGAGUGCCCAGGGAAGCCGGGGGAGGUUGGGAUUCUACACAGGCGCGGUUUAGAGAAUCCGCUCCUGCGAUUCAAAAAGGGAACAAUGGGCAACUGAAGAUAUCAUCACGUUGUAAAUAUUUAUCUUAUCUCAUUUGCAUCAUUGUUAACAAAGUCAUACGGGGGUCCACAAUGACUAAAUAUUUAAUUCAAAGGGAGGCACCAGUAGAAUGUAUAUAAAUAAAAAAGGCUUCGGACACAUUUCUGAAAUGAGAUAGAUUCCUUAAUCAGAGAUCAACAGAACAACACGAACUAUUGCUGCGUUUUCUUUAGGAGAUGCAGUUAAUACAUACAAUGUAAUCCAGUGAUCUUGACUGCGCAGAUGAGUCGCGAUUAUUCAAAUUAUCGCCUUUAAUUUGACAGUGACACUGAUAUGUCUCUCAUAUCUGUGAUCAUAACUUGUGUGCUGUUGAACACCAGUUCUUGUCUCAAAAUGAGACGUAUCUUACGCUAAAAAUAUUUGUAUUGUUUGUCCUUGGAACAACUACAGCAACUUGACAUUGUGUGCCAUAGAUACCAACAUGUUUUUGUGCAAAACAUGUUCUGUGCUUCAUUGACUUGUGUGGCAUAAUGAAGUGCCAUUACAUGCUGUCACAUAAUUUUCUCAUAUAUGUAAGUUACAUCCAGUUCUAUGGAUAACAGUGAUUUAACACUCAAUGCAAACCUGCCAGUACAGCUAAUAUUGCAUAGAUAACUAAGAUAUACAGUAUAGAGGACUCGGCUUUCAGGCAGAGGAGAGUGCAUACUGUAAUUCAAGGACUAAACCCCGAAGUUUCUUGAGUUGAUAGUCAGGAAUAGAGGUGCUUGUGACGGACAUUCUGGUGCUUUUGGACUUGUCUGUUCUUAGAUAUAUUUAUAUAUACACCUAUGUAUGCAUGUAAUAUAUGUAUAUAUGUGUGCGCACACGCGUGUGCCCGUGUGCAUGUGCGUGCGUGCGUACAUGUGUGUGUGGGUGCGUUUGUAAUUUUUUGUGAUAAAUGUUAUAAUAAUAGUGAACAGAUGUACUGUUCCCAGACCUAUAUAUACUCUGUAUAUGUAUCUAA